AGGCUCAGCUGUUGCGCGCCGGAGCGCACGGUGCGUCCUUGGCGAGGGCACUUCCCCAGUCUCCUCCUCUCUCCUCCUCUCCCUCCUUCCCUCCCUCUGCAGUCACUUCCUGCAGCUGUUUCCAUCUGUGUCCGGUGAUGCCGAGCCGCCUCCCCCAUCUCUCCAAGCCGAGGAGCACAGAAAGCAGCCGGCUUUUAAGUUAAACUGGGAAGAAGAUGGAGAGCUGAAGCGCUCUCUCUCCAAACUUGGCGAGGGUCGUGGCGCAUCCAUCGUCGAGAACAAACCUUCCUCCUUCUCCUCCUCCUCCCUCUCUCUUCCUCUUGGGAAGCCGGUCAGACAUCAUCUUUUAUCGAGAAGGAUGCUAGAAAGUCUCUUAGUCAAUGAUUCUCCUGCAGCAAGGUGGACCUCCUCUUCCUCUUCCUCCUGAGAAGCUGCCGCCUCUUCCUAUGUCAGUGGCCACCAGGCCCACAGCCAACUUGCUACUCUCCCCACAGAAACCACAUGGACUGGGACCAUCCCUGCCACUUACACAAGAUGAGGAACUUGCUACAGGGGUGGAGCAGGACCCGGUCCUGGAGGAACUGUGUAAGCCUUUGUGUUGCAGGCUCUGUAACGUCACCUUGAAUUCUGCACAGCAAGCCCAGGCUCAUUACCAGGGGAAAAACCACAGUAAGAAACUUAGGAAUUACUAUGCUGCCAAUAGCUGCCCUGCUCCUACCAGGAUGAGUAACUCACUUGAACCAGCAACAAAUCCAAUAGUUUCCCUUCCACCCCAGGGGACUUUAUCAAAGCCAGGUGGGCGAGUGAUCUUGGCCACGGAGAAUGACUACUGUAAACUGUGUGAUGCCUCCUUCAGUUCACCGGCUGUGGCCCAGGCUCACUACCAAGGAAAGAAUCAUGCCAAGAGGCUGCGCCUGGCUGAAGCACAGAACAACUCAUUCUCGGAGAUAUCAGAAGUAGUGGGCAAAAGAAGGGUUCGGAAAGAAGGGAAUGAAUACAAGAUGAUGCAGAACAGAAGAAACAUCUAUGCUGUCCAGAAUAACACAGGUCCUUAUUUCAACCCACGAUCCCGCCAGCGGAUUCCCCGUGACCUCGCCAUGUGCGUCACCCCCAGCGGCCAGUUCUACUGCUCCAUGUGCAAUGCCGGUGCCAGCGAGGAGGCCGAGUUUCGCCAACACUUGGAAAGCAAACAGCACAAGAGCAAAGUGUCUGAGCAGCGGUACAAGAACGAGAUGGAGAACCUUGGCUAUCUACAAUGAGACAUGACCCUUGCUAGCAGCUCUUUCCAUUCCCCUGCGCCCCAGCCUCUGGCAUCCCGAUAGGGAGCGGCUUCUCUUGCCUGCUGCUUGCCGUGUGCCCUGCUUUUGUGCUCCGUGCCUUAGGAGGCUUGCUCCCCCGGCACUCUCCCAUGUUUUUAACAGCCUGUGAACCUGAAAGUGAAUAGGUGAAGUCAAAAGGUUUUAUUUUGCUGCCACUUUGCAGGAGUACGUGCUGAAGGAUGCCAAGUGUUCUUGUUGUUGUAUGUUCUUUAGCUAAGGCUCUUCACUGCCUUUUGGGUCUGGGAGCGGGGGAAUCUCUGCCUCUUCCUUCUGCCCAUACUUAUCCACCCCCACCACCCUUUUGCAUGAGUGAGCGUGAUUUGAGAAGUACCAAAAUCCCAAUCAAGAGGCAGGGUUUCUUUUGGUUUUUCUCUUUCCUUAGAGUUUUUAAAAUUAUUUCCCUGGUCAGUGGCCCCUGUACAACAUAGCUUCAGAAAAUUCCAUCUGAUCUGAGAACGGCAGAAUUGCCACGCUCAUUAGGGAUGAUGGAGAUUGUAGUCUAAUAUAUAAGGCCACCCUAAGUCGCCCAGGGGAGACAGGGUGGGGUACAAAUAAAGUGUUAUUACUAUCAUCAUUAUCAUCAUCAUUAUCAUCAUCUUGAAGAGCUCAGGUUGGGAAAUGCUGGUGUACAGAGCAAACCUUGUUAUAUUUGCAGCUUUGUCUUAGAAAAGUAUAUUUGCAACCUGAGCAAGACCAGCAGUUCAGAGGUAUUUUUCCUCUAAUCUCGUAAAGAUCUGAUGCUUCUAUCCCUCCCCUCAUUCUUCUGCCCUGUCCUCUUGCAAAGUUGAUCUUGGUGAGUGUGGAGAGUUAUUUGGUUUCAUUGCAUGUGACUUCAGAACUGCACUUUAGUGGCCUCUGGAGUUCUCCCAUCUCUCUCAUUUUGUGGAAGAAAUUACAUUUCCCCAAAAUCAUUCAGAAGCCUCACCUAAAUGCAUGAAAAUACCUUCUACAAGCCCCCACCAAUCUUUGUAUUACUCCAAAGCACCUCUGUUGCCAUUUUGAGGUGCACUACAGUGGAAAAUGGAAGUAUUUGGCUUUGUUUAUGGCUCCACAGGAAGGUUUGGGGGUAUUUGUCCUGUCCCUUCCCUCCCCUCACAUUUGUCCAUCUUUAAUUUAUAGGAAAACAGAACCCAAAUCAAUAUGCAAAGUUGCACAUAUUCCUGUAUAGUUGAGCCAUCUUGAUGUGUGUGUUUUCAGUGCAUGUAAUCUCAGGAUCCCUGGUUUCUUGUGAGUGACCUUUUCAGUUUACAUGCAGAAAAGCCGUUUUCUAUCCCCUAGUAUCCAUUUAGCUUAUUGGUAAUUGCUGUCCUCAGGGUACAUUUUGGUAACACUUUUUGUCUUUGUGUUCCUUCUUCCAACUUUGUGUCUUCAUAUGAGUUUUCUCCCCGAAACCCCUUUCAUGUCCUGCCAGAUAAUGAGAUGCUCUUGCACCUAAAUUGAGAUAUUUUUGUCAUAGGUUUGAGCAUAUUAUUUUAAGGCUUACAGAGGAACAAAUUUGCCCAAGGCAAAUCUAUCACGAUAAUACUGGUCCUGAACAAAUUCUCAUGACUUUAUCACACAAGGCUGAUGAGAUGCAACUACAGCAGGAUGAAAGUGCCUUUGGAUGGAGCGUACGGCAUGGUGUUGUGGCUCUCCUGUAGUUGCAUUGUGCAUUGUGCUUGAAUCAUAAUUGGAUCAUUUCUUUUAACGGAUGGGAAAACUAGUCACAAUAUCUGUUGUCUUUGUGGUGCAAUAAUUUCCUUCUGCUGCAGUCCUGAUAUUAUGAAGCCGAAGAAAAACUUCCACAGUAUUUGUGUUCUAGGUAGGGUGAACAUGGGUUGGAAGGGAGGUUGUGUUGAAUACUGCUCAUGGGAAUUCACCUAAACAAAUUGCUAGCAUAGUACAAUUUUACCAAGAUGGUGGCCCCUUCCACACAGCUGAAUGAAAUUCCACAUUUUCUGCUUUGAACUGGAAUAUAUGGCAGUGUGAACUCAGGUAUUCCAGUUCAAAGCAGAUAUUGUGGGAUUUUCUGCCUUGAUAUUCUGGGUUAUAUGGAUGUAUGGAAGGGCCCAGGAAAGUGACAGUUCCAACAACAGUACGAUUCCAUUUGCUUAAACAGUGCAAUUAAAACAACUUUAUCACUAGUGUGAUAAAGUCCUUAAUAUGUGAAGUGGAGUGCUAAUUUUCUGGUCACCAUAGGCAACUGAAACAUUUUGUCAGUAAACUUUGAUUUGCUGCAGGCUCAGGCCAGGUGAAUCUGUUCUCAGUGGGAAGCAUCUGGCCUUGGCUGACAGUCGAGUGAUGAUGAUUGCUGGGCAACUCCUCUUGUCCUGGGCAUGUUUCCAGACAUCCUUUUUUCAAAGUCCAACCAUUAGUGCAGUCUCUUUGUUACAUGUUGCCAGCCAGGGUCAGCUGUCUGUUCACCCAUCAAAACACAGAGGUAUUCUGCCCCAUUGUCAUUGAUAAGUCAAAGUUAUUUGUUAACGUUAAAGUGAAGGCUCAUGAAGUCAGUCCUAACAUGUUACUUUUGGGGGGAGAUUCAGAUAAACUAAAUGAGCCGUUGUUUGGAGCUGGUAUUCUUUUAUUGCUGAAUUGGGACAAUAAUAUAUCAACUUGGUCUUCUUCACAUGUGUUUUCUUUUUCCUUUCUUUUUCUCACUCUCUCAUAGCUAAAACACAAAAAAGAAAUAUUAGGUUGGGUGAUAUUUUUUACUAUUUCAGAAUUAGUUUCUUACCUCUUGAAAACAAGCAAAUGAGGCCAAGCUCCUAUUCAAUUUUGAAGCAAUGGGGUGUGGUGGGGGGCAGGGAGCAUGUUUUCUGUUCUUUUUAGAGAAAAAUCACAAAUUGCAGUAUUAGUACCCUUUGUCGGCUAAAAUUCACUUUGCUGCUUUGAAUGAGAAACGAGCAAGGGAGCAGGAGAGAGAGAACACAAUACUGUCAGCCAUCACUUUUGAAAACCUAUUGCUUUUAAUGGGAACGUUUUAAAGACAUGCUCAUAUUAAAUUGGCCAUGGCCAUGUUUCUGUGCAUGUCAAUUCCAAUGGGUUUGAUAGCUCUUUUGAUCUCAAUAUUCAAGAGGAUUACAGUUUUAGAGUGUUUCAGACUGGAUGGAAUUUGAAGAUCCCUAAGUCUGUCAGAGAAUUGUUAACACUUCUGUUGGUUUUUGACCCAUUUCAUUUCAAGUAGCUUGAAAACCCAAGAGUUCAGAGACCCAAGUGGCAUUGUUUCACCUUGUCCUUUGUCCCAAUUUAUCUUCAGAUGCCUACAUUUUACAAAGUCCUAAGUGGUAACUAGGCUUGUGCAAUCCAGGUAAACUGUGAUCCGUUUCGGUAAUCCCGGAUUUAGGUGGAGGUCCUGAUCUGUUUUUCGGGAGCCUCUCAAGUUUGGGAGGAUAGAAAUCCAUUUUUGGUCCUGGAAGCCAAAAGUUUCAUUUUCUAUCUGGCCCAUUAUGGGAGAGACUUCCCAGGCUCCCAUUCCCGUCAUUUUUGGCAUCAUUUGUCCUUAUAUUCUUCUUUAAGACCUGGAUUAAAAGCAUCAGAGUUAAGAUACCAGUUUUUCUGCGAUCUUUUUCCUUCUGUCUGUAGAGGAGGCCUGGCUUAAUGCUUAGUUAAAGCCAAGUCAUUUUAAGGAGGCUUCCCUACUUUCCAGGGAAGAAAGAGCAAUCGACCUGAAGCUAUCCUACCCUGGGCUUCCUUUAAAAAAAGCCCUCUCCUUUUUCUUGAUUUGCAGGCCAUGGAGUGGUGCCUUUUUCCCCCUCUCACUUUUCCUUAUAGCGGCUGCCUCUCUCCCGCACUCCACUAGUAACUCGACAGCUACUGUUCUGUUGUGGCGAAAAUAGACAUGGAGGCUGAACCCUUGCCAUAAAUAAUAUAAAUAAUAAUAAAUAAAACUUUAUUUCUAUCACGCCCUAUCUCCCGAAAGGGACUCAGGGCGGUUUAUAACAAAAAUGGGCAAACAAUCAAUACCAAGAAAAACAUAACAAAACACAUCAAAUCACAGACAGUCAAAUAAACAACAUCAAGGUAUACUUAUAAAACAGCUCAAGAAUAGGAAAUGAAAAUUUUAAAUAAAUAGAACAAUUGGGACACAUUUCUCUAAUAGCUCUAAUAAUAAGUGAUUAAACAUUUAAAACAUAUAAUACAAUUUGUGGCAGGCCACCCAAGCUGAUUCAGAGUUUAAUAAGAUGCUAAUACUCCUCCUCCCUGUAUGCUUGAGAACAUAGGUGAGUUUUAAUAACUUCUUAAAGGCCAUCUGAAUAAGCUGGACCAGACAGAUUAGCUGAAGGGAACUGGCCAGAUCGAAUCUGUGCACAGGCCUAGUGGUAACCAUAUAAAUCAGUGGUUCUCAAUCUGGGGUCCUCAGAUAUUUUUGGCCUACAGCUCCCAGAAAUCUCAGCCAGUUUACCAGCUAUUAGGAUUUUUGGAAGGCCAAAAACAUCUGGUGACCCCAGGUUGAGAACCACUGAUAUAAAUUGUUAAAGGGAAUAGGGAAGGCAUUUUCACCAUGUUUGGAGGCCUCCUUGGCACUCCAAGGGUAAAAAACAAUUUUUGCAUUUUUUUUGCAAUUUUUUAAAACCCCAAUACUCUGUCACGUCCACCAGGUUACAAUUCAGUCACACAGUGGAUUCUAUCAGAGUGGAGAGAGACCAACCUCCAUAUAUAGAACAUUUAAAUUCCAAAGCUCCAAACUUCAUUCCUUACAUGACAAAACAUACUGGCAAGACCCUGACUUCUUUUGUGGCAAAACUCAGAACUUUAGGACAGUACAUUUCUAUUUGGAAAUAUGUGUGGAUAAGGAUGAUGUGCAUAGUAGUUACUGAGAAUAGCACACUGAUAUCUUUUGCAAAGGCUGGCCCACAUGAUAUUUUGAGCAUCAUAGGUCUGGUAGAUUAUAAAAAUGUCUGGAAGGAGGUCAGGACAGAUAGAAGAAGUUACAUAUUUAGAUUAGAUGAUCACAUUGGCCAGUAGAUAGAUUGCUCAGCUGUGGGCUUUUUGCUGCUAUUAAUCUGUGCAUAUUUGUAUUUAUUUUGAUUAUGCUGACCAUUGAUAAAUUCAUAUAUAUAUAUUUAAGGCGUUAUCUUAUAUGUUCCUUUUUGCUGAUUGCUUUAUUAAUUUCACCAUCCAUACCAUUCCCUUUUUUCUCUGAGAUCUGUUUAGAUAUUUAUUAUGUUUCAGAAAAUGUGUAUUUCUUUCACUUCCUAUCCCCAUGUAUGUGUCUCUUGUUCUUUAGAUAUAAAAUGAACUUUUCACUUAAUCGAAAUUUGAAAUAAAUAUUUGGAAAGGAAAACCACUGUCAUGCAAACAUUCCCAGGUAACAUCAAUAAAUAAUUCUAUGGGUCAGUGAUGUGGUUGUUGAUAAUUAAGGGGCCACUUAUGAUACCAUAACUUGUGUCAUUCUUUUGGCAAAGUCUUGGUAUGAAAUCACAGUGUUAUGAUUGCCUAUACAUUCCCAUACUUAAUAGCACCUGGUCAUAUAUUGGCCAAGAUUCCAUAUCAGGGAAGGCAGUGUGGAGCUAUGCAUCAAUUGUGCUAUGCAUUCCUUUUAUUGGAUGGCAACAUUCUUCAGCUGAACCAAGGCACCAAACGGGCAACUACAUGCAGAACCAAAUGUGCAUUUGUAUUUGUGUGCAAGGCAAACAUAUACCUGUGAGUAAUAUGCAUAACUGUAUAAGGAUAUGCACAACCAUGCACCAUUUGUAUCCAUGCUCAAUGGCCAUUCUGCUUCAGAAAAAAGUGACCAGCUACUUCUGUAAAUGAAUUUAUGCAUAUGGAAGACACCAACAGGAUCCAGCCAUUGUGUUAGUCUCUUCUUACCUCCUGUUUUUGCAGGUUUCCUUCAUCUUUCUUUUGAUUUAUCCGCAGAAGUUAUAUGCAUCAGUAUUGAGAUGGAUACUCAGUUUUGUGCUAAGGAAGGUGCUGGCUUCCUUGUAAACUGUGGUUAAUAUAUUGGGAGCCAUUCUCUUCUGAGCAUUUUCUCUUUGCAUAUUAGGUUACCUAGAGUACGCUCAAAGCCAUGAUCUGGAUAUUACUUUGAACUGUGGUUUUACUUUCUGGCUACAUAAGCGCCUUGGUUAGCAUAAAUAGCAUCUAACUUCAGUAACGGGAACCUGCUUAAACACUGUUAUGGGAGGAGGGAAUUUUCCAAAGAGGAAAUGGACCAUGAUAUGUAAGGGUGUAUUCCCAUGGCUUGGAGCUAAGUGCAGUUAAUGGGGCCACAGAUGCAUAUUAGAUCAUUCUCAGGAAACGUCUUAAUAAUUGACCACACAGUUCAGGAAUGCCCCAUCAGACACGUACAUAAAUAUUUUGGAGAAGAGAAAAUACAUUUGUAUAUUUCUGUGCAUUAUUAGAAAUAGCUGUGAUUUGAAAAGUUAUCAUACAGAUCAUUUGGAACAUUAAUGUAGAGGACCGCCAAUAUAAAAUCGGAACAUUUGAAUUAUGGUUGUGCUUCUCAAAUUCUAUGAUGUGGGGAAUCUUUCCAACUACUUAUGUCUAUAUCCUUGAGGUUCUUUGUAAAAUAGUUUCAGGGUUAGUUUUCCCUUCAGUCUUAAACUUCAUUUUCAGGAAUGCUCUCUUCAACUUGAGUGUAACAAAGUUAUUUUCUCCAACUUAGAAAAUCAAUAUGGAGUGUCUGUAAAAAUUUUGCCUGGCAUUUUAAUAAAAUGUGUAUUGUGUGGGUUGCACUGAAUGUUAAAUGCCAUGUUGUGUUCAAACUUGACAAAUGUUACAUCGGGAAAGUCUGCAUUUCAGCUCCUGCUCUGUUAUGUUCCUUGUCAGAAAAGAGUGACUUCCUUCCACUGCUAAGGAGUUUGUUCACACAUGCUUGUACAGCUUUGGUUCUCAGUUGACAUGGGAAUUGCAUCUCUUGAAAAGUAUUGCACUGGGCCUUGACAUCUGAUGAUAUGAAAGUCCUUGUUAUUAAUCUAUGUUUUGCCCAUGCUAAAAGCUGCUGUUAACAAAUGAUGAUUGCGCUGUGUGAAUUGCCCCUAGGUCCACUGAUGUAUUCAGCUGGCAAAAGCCAGUCAUGAGACAAAUGGUGACUACAUUUAAUUAUGAUGAACCUUGAUUGCUCUAAUAUUUCAGUGCAGAUUCAAAAUGAUGUGGGGAUAUUUGCAAUGUGGUUUCUUUUCAGCAAUGUGGAUGCAAGCAGUGUUCUGGGAUAAGAAUGACAGCAAUACUGGUUGAGAAUAGACUGCCAUUUUUUUUCUUUUGGAGAGGGCUAGUUCUCUCUUGCCUGUCCUCUUCAUUGGCUCCCAGUGGUCGGGUUAACAGGGUAAUAAAAUAUGAUAUACCAUACUCAUCCAACCUCCGUAUAGCUUUCAUCAUUAUGAUGAGAAUUUCCUUCCAAACUCAUUCUGCUUUGGAAAUUAAUACACUGUGAAAACAACCAUGUAAGUGCUGCUUAGCAAAAAGUGUAGGAUGUGUUUCGUGAUGAUUUGCCCAGGCAAAGCAGACUGCCUGUCAUAUGUUGGUACUACUGUGUAUGCUAUUUUUAUUUUUUAAAAUAUCUUCUUUGUCUUGAUGUCAACAAGGCUGUCCUAACAGUGUUCUAAAGAUGCCUUUUCCCACAUGUCUUCAUGUCUGUUUCCAUGCACAAGGACACUUUGUUGGGGAAGGAAAGUUUUUGUCAGUUGAGAUGGCUUUUGUUUUUCCCAACCUGCAAUUAUUGGUUGCUGGUAAAUGCUCUGUAUUUCAAGAGCAAACACAAGAUUAUAGUGAAGCUCUUCUUGUUUGCUAUUCAAAACUAUCGUACAACAAAAAUAUAUUGGGCUUUUGCUUUACCAGAGUGUUUAUAGAGGGAUUUCACAGGUUUUUAAUAUAAAUUCUAAUAUAAAUCAAGACACAGUAGAAGUGAUUCUCACUCAUAUCCCAAACUUUAAGGAUGUCAGGUUGAGAAAUAAGGGAAGUGAUAAGACAUUUACCUGUUUUUCAAAAAUGGCAGAAAAAGUGGUUAAACUGUGUCUGGAUUAUUGUUAUAAUCCAAAUAGAGUUGACAUGAGUGAUGAUAAAACUUUCUGUAGAUAACAGACUAAGUUUUGGAAACAUCCUCAUUUUAUUCUAACCCUGCUAGAUUUUCUUUACAUUUUUUAAAAAAUUGAAAGAGGGGGAUAUAUUCUGAGGAUUUCUACCUGAAGCAGUGUCAUGUAGAGAAAGGUGUAUUGCCUCAUUUGUUGUUUCUGAGAACUUAGACUUAUGUCAAUGGUGCUCCAUUUUUGGUCCUUCAUAUGUUUUGGACUUCAGUUCUCAGAAGACCCAAGCAGCAUGGGCAAUGUUCACGGAUUCCUGAAGAUCACAUUUUUCAGCCUUUGAAGGACCACAAGCUUAGGUGUUCAAUAGUAUAUUAGACAGUUUCAGAAUUAACAAGCCUCUGAGGAAGUUAAAAUGUUGAAAAGCAGGGUACAGAAAAUCCAGAUAUUGGUAGACUACCACAUCCAUCAUAACUCAACACUUGAACAGGCUGGUGAGAGUUCUUGAGAAAUGGAUUUCAGAAACAUUUGAAGUCCAUGAAUUCUCGGGCUCUGCUGUAAGAUAUUGGUUGUUGGUUGUCACCUUGAGACAACUCCAUCACUUUCUAACACAAAUCAUUCUGAAAGGCAAUUGCAACUGUUUUAACUGCUUCUUGUGUACCUAUUUGGGGGAGCCUGUUGUGUCACCUUAGGUAUAAGAAAUGGUGACAGGAAAUUAGAAUUAAGCUUUUGCUAUAGAUGGUUCUGAAAUGUUACAUCUAUAUUGAAUCAGUUUUACUUUGAACCACAAUAGAAGUGAAAUUGGUUUUGUUUUGUACUUGUGUGUAAUUUCGGAAGAACACAUUUUUCAGCUGAAGCCUUCUUGACAAGUGAGGCUUUGGAUUUGAUACCUUUCUCUCUUUUCUUCUUGUUUUAAAAAUGGCACUGAAUUCUGCAACUGGAUAACUUUCUCUGUUAUUAAAAAUAAACCAUCUUGUGUGCACCGUU